ACGAGGCGUACACAGGAAUUUGUGUUUUCAGUACAUGAGUUGGAGACGAUUUUUCUUCCAUCCCUGGCCCUACGCCACCUUGAUAAAACUGUCACCUGUCAUCAUGUAAGCCUUGAUAUGAAGCUUAGCGAUGGGUGCCAUCCCCAAUGACAUCCACCAAGCCAUCAAAAUACUCAAGACCGAUCCAGAUCGGGUACUCUGGUCCUACACAAGGCGCAUCAGCCUCACCAAAACCAGCAGUGGAAAACUAGGCAUCAAGGUCGACAUUAUCCAGGGUAACAACGAGACUUUUUCAAUAGUGACUAAGGUUAAACCAGAAUGCUGUCUCGGUCAGGGUGAUGUCCUGCAGCUGCUUGACCGUAUCUUGUGUAUCAAUCGUCAGGACGUUACCUCACUUACCCCAACACAACUGUGGGGACUCUUGUCAAGUCUGUCCACCACCAUCACAGAGGUCAUCGUCUGUUCUCUAGUCAGCAUCAGCAACAAAAGAAGUCGGGACCAGGUGUCCAACAGUAGUUGUCGGUCCUGUACAGGUAUGCGUAAGGGUUCUGAUAGUAAACGUCGCCCUGUCGAGUCAGAGCCUCUCUUACAGGGACUGGAGGGGCAUCAGUCACAAGACAGCCGACCAUUCCAUGACAGCACUGGUCUUGGGUCAGGUACAUGCGAGGAAAAUCGGACUACAUCCCUUCCAACAGUAGAUAGCAGGACACAAGCUAUUACUGACAUCAAUGGUCGUACAUGCAGCUCUCUCCCUCCAACCAUGAGUAACCAUCUGUUGGUGAGACCAAGCACCAAUGCUAAUGACUUGCUACGGUUCCCACACUUCAUUCAUUGGGAUCCCAUCACAAAGACAGUGUCUCUCACACGUGGAGCUAGAGGCUCCUUUGGCUUCAAACUCAAAGUCAAAAUGUCAAAGAACGCUGAUGACCUGUACACUCUGGUGGAGUGUAUCACGCCAGAUGGACCCGCAGAUGGUAAGCUCAUGGUUGGUGACUGGAUUCGCUCUGUCAAUGGGCAGCCCCUCCAGAGCCCAAGGGAGGCCAGCAGUAUACCGGACCUCUUGGCUAAGGAGACUACGGUACGAAUAGUUCUACAACGUCCUGAAGGUCUGUCCCAGAAUAUAUUUCCUCCAACCCCGUCCUUGCCAGACCCAGAUGUACAUUAUCCAUCAGUCCCUGGUCUUCCUCUGGCCUCUGAACCACCCAAGAUGCCGGCAUAUCAACGCCUGCCAUCUCACAACUCAGGAAAGGCACGCCCUGUCUUGUGUGAUCCAGUACUACGUGGUGGCAAAAGCUACCGUGUGACACCACUGUCUGAGAGUAACGAUCCACAGGACCCACAGGAUAUUAAUGUUGACCUGUUUGAAUUAAACAGAACAAUUAAUCUGCCCAAAGUACGUGUGUUUCUGUGUGGUAGUGAAGCUCGAGCCCUCGCUCGACUGUUAAUGCCAGGCAUGGUGUCUUCUGAUGGUAACAAUGGCUUGUAUCAAUGUAUUAAGUGCACCAUGGGAAUGGACCGAGAGGGCGCCAUAAGUUUUACAUCCUGGUCUUCAUUUGAUUAUCUUCUUAACGAUGAGCCAUCUUCAAGGUUACAUGCCAGCAAUGAAUCUCUAACAAAAAGUGACAUAUUUAGAGACCGAGAUGACGCAAGUUCCUUCAUCCAUAAAGGCUCCAUCAACGUAGAGUUCUUUAUAAUGCCUGAUGAUAGAUUUAGCCCAGACGACAAAUUUUUCCAUCAUUGUUGUCAGUAUUUAUUCACAAGGACAAGCAUAUUUGUGUUGACAUUCGAUGGGGCAAAAGUUGUGACAUCUACGCAUACAGAGAUUCAGCGUCUACAAAAUGUGAUUCAUACUAUAAGGUGUUUUGAUGGUUAUGAAUGCCCAAUUCUGACCUAUGGAUUAUUGAACAAUGAUGCCUCUGUGGGCGUAGAUGAAGUACGCACACUUUUUUAUCUGCCAUUCGGCCAGCAGAUUCAGAAGUACAAUGUGCCCAUGCCAGAACUGUUUUGCCCUGGAGUUGAGGGUGCCAAGACUAGCGAUGCAAGUCGUCGACUUCAGCGUGGACUUUGGAAGGUUCUUGGUGAGAUGACACUCAAGCAGAAGAUAUCGUUGCCAUCUGUGGCAAUGAUGCUUCAAUUUGAGUCAGUGAGGACUGGCAAACAGAAACUGUUCAUUGACGAGGUAGAAUUCUCAAUCAUGUUUCAGGACGAGGUACCAGGAGGAGGUCAGGACCUCCAGCAGAUAGUCUGGACGGACUUAAAAAAUGUUGGCGAAAUUCUCUCUUCAAAGGCGGCGCCAUUGACUUUACCCCAUGUUCUACACCUUGAUAAGUUUUUGUUCAUUGAUCCCAAAGUUCUUCUGGACUGUGUGCAGAAUGUCAAUGUCUUUCUGCAACAGCUCAAAGGAGUGCAAUCUUUGGAGGGGGCUCGCCAGAAAGGGGUUCGGGGGCUCAGCACUGGCCUCAUAACAGGAGAAGACCUCACAGAUAUCAUCUCACAGCAGUGUCACAGCCACUCGGUUGAAAAAAUCACGCAUCUCCUGGAAAUAUUUGGACUUAUAUUCCGUCAAAAAUCAUUUGGGGCUGAAUCAGGAGGAGUGAAUUACCUAGUGCCAUAUGUGAUUACGGACCAGAGCACACUAGCACCUCCUACAACAGAACCAACAGAACUGUGUUUAUAUGUAGACUUUCGCAUGCAUACAUCAAGUUUGGUGUUUUACCAGCUGGCCUUUGCUAUCAACAACAGCAGUGAUAUUCACAACCUUGCCAUGAUAGGUCCAUCUUCCUGUUGUCUGUCACACCUUGGAUACGACAUCACCCUUCACCAUCACAAGCUUCGUGAUCGAAUACAGAUCAACCUUGCUAGGUCAGAAACAGCUUCCAAGCCUUAUGUAUUGUACCAGUGGUUGCUUAAAGUAUGUAAGGCUACACUGGGGUCAGAGGUCAAGUAUGUGUUAGGUCCAUCUUGUCCACUGCAGGACAGAUGUCUUUUCAUCAACCAGCACCAUUCAGACAUGCAUGUGCUUGACCUGAGUAAACGACAGAUAUGCUGCAGCGAGAAGCUUGACAAUCAUCGCAAGAUCAAAAUAUGGCUACCGAACAUGAUGGCAAAGUAUAUGAACGAGUUACCUCAUAUGAUACUGAGGACGAUCAGCCAGAAGCUGCACCUGGAAACUACCUUUGGUAAUGACUGGAAGCUCCUUGGAGGAUUACUGGGUCUCACUGGAGAUAAAAUCGCCCUUUAUGACACACACAAGGAGCCAGCCUACCAGCUACUUAUGGACCUAGGUCGAAGUCAUCGCCUCACUCUGGCCCAAUUACUCGAACUCCUUCAGCAUCCAGACAUGGAACGCCAUGACAUUACUAGUGUGAUAGAAGACUGGCUGGAUAGCAACCCACAGACACCUUGAGGCUAAACUUCUAUUACUGUAGUGCAGGAAUUCUGGAUAGAUUUGAACCUUACUUUUCACAUUGUACAAUAAUCAGCUUUUGACAGAAUUAGAACUCUCACAAACUAGUGAAGGAAUACUGAAUACUUAGGACCAUAAAUAUAACAUCUAAAAUGAAGUACAUGUUUGUUUUUUUGUGAUUGAAGUAUUGAAAUCCUUAUGUAGAAUCAGUGGAAAUAUGUAACUUUAUUUCAGAGGUCAUAUGAGUAUAUUAAAAUGAAUUGUACAGAAGCUACGUGCACAGCCCUGGCUCAUCUGUGUCACAUUGGUGUUUAUGUUUGUGUUAUUCUUUUUUAAAAUGUUGGUGCAAAUUCAUUCUUAAAAUAUUCAGUUAUUGUAUGAGAAGGUUGAUAUUUGGCCUUUAAGAUUCUUCAAGGGAAGUCAAUUUUACAGGAUAUUUUCUUGUGAAUCCUCAGCACUAUUUCCAAAAUUUUGAUGAGUCCAAUUGCAAAGAGAUAUAGUGGGUUCUCAAAAUUUUCGUCAAGUUUCUGUGUAUUGUCAGAUAAUGUGUUAAAAUUUCACAAAUUUUAAUUGCAACUAACUUAGUUUGUUUCUGAAGACAGCCUGCUAUAUGUAAAUUAGAUAUAUACAUGUAAUACAUUGUGUAAGUAUUAUAUGUACCCAAUAUAUAUUAACACAUUGUGUGACAGUUCUUUCUUUGAGGAAUAAAGUGCAAAUCAUACUACCGGUAAUACAUUUAUUUCUUGUGGUGCAUUUGUCAGUAAAAGCAUUAAGAUUGUGUGAUAUAUAGUUAUAUUUACACACACACUCACGCACACCCACCCACACAUAUACAUAUGUAAGUAUAUAUGUAUACUUAUGUAUAUAUGUAUAAUUAUUAUGUAUAGUAUAUGUACAGUAUUUACACUGAGAUAUAUACAUGUUAAACUUAAAUCUUUCCUGUGUAUUAUAGAACAAAAUUUGAUAGUUUUACGUUGUAUAUAUAAAUAAAUAUGAUAAUAUAUUCCUACACAUUGUGUAAAUGUGACAGUAUUUGAAAUAUAUAGGUAUAAUGUUCUCCAAGAAUUGUGAUUCAGUGAUUAACAGUUUUUGUUCCUAUUGUUUGAUGAAUUAGAAUUUAAGAAGCUGAGAAUUGGAAAAAAUGUGAGAUUUCAGGAAUUUUUAAGGUGGCCUAUUGCAGGAAAUUAGGAUUCAUAAUAAAACAUUAAAACACUUACCAGGGGCCAAAAUGUUAGUGAACUUCAACACAAGCAAAUCAUUUCAGUUUAAGAAACAUGACUUCUGAUAAAGUGUUGUGAUGUCCUACACUGAAGUGUAUUAUAGAGGUCAACAAUACAUGACCUCUGAUACAAUGUUGUCAAGUCUUACACUGUAGUGUAUUGUAGAGGUCACCAGUACAUGACCUCUGAUACAGUGUUGUCAGAUCUUACACUGAGGUUUAUUGUAGAGGUCACCAGAACAUGACCUCUGAUACAGUGUUGUCAAGUCUUACACUGUAGUGUAUUGUAGAGGUCACCAGUACAUGACCUCUGAUACAGUGUUGUCAGAUCUUACACUGAGGUUUAUUGUAGAGGUCACCAGUACAUAACCUCUGAUACAGUGUUGUCAAGUCUUACACUGUAGUGUAUUGUAGAGGUCACCAGAACAUGACCUCUGAUACAGUGUUGUCAAGUCUUACACUGUAGUGUAUUGUAGAGGUCACCAGUACAUGACCUCUGAUACAGUGUUGUCAGAUCUUACACUGAGGUUUAUUGUAGAGGUCACCAGUACAUAACCUCUGAUACAGUGUUGUCAAGUCUUACACUGUAGUGUAUUGUAGAGGUCACCAGUACAUGACCUCUGAUACAGUGUUGUCAGAUCUUACACUGUAGUGUAUUGUAGAGGUCACCAGUACAUGACCUCUGAUACAGUGUUGUCAGAUCUUACACUGAGGUUUAUUGUAGAGGUCACCAGUACAUAACCUCUGAUACAGUGUUGUCAAGUCUUACACUGUAGUGUAUUGUAGAGGUCACCAGUACAUGACCUCUGAUACAAUGUUGUCAAGUCUUGCACUGUAGUGAAUUGUAGAGGUCACCAGAACAUGACCUCUGAUACAGUGUUGUCAAGUCUUGCACUGUAUUGUAUUGUAGAGGUCACCAGUACAUGACCUCUGAUACAGUGUUGUGAUCUCAUAUACAGAGUGUAUUGAAGAGAUCACCCAUACAUGACUCCUAAUACAGUGUUAUCAGGUUUUGUACUGUAUUGUAUUGUAGAGGUCAUCAGACCACAACCUCUGAUACAGUGUUGUGAUGUCCUACACUGAAAUGUAUUUCUAGAGGUCACCAGUAGAUGACUUUUCUAAUGCAAUGGCAGAGAUGAAGACAAUAAUUGUAGUCCCAUUGUUAGGAGAUAACCAGAUGUGAUAUAGUGGGUUAUCUCCCUUCAGUGACAAUGCCAGUGGCUGGACAUACGAUUGGGUUAGGUGAAUUGUAUUGAAGUUACAUAUUGUAUAGUGAACAGAUGCAUGUUUAACAUGAAUUGUUAUCUGAAAUUAUAAAUAUGGUAGAAUUAGA